AUGGCAACCUGCUCCGGCGGCUCGACGGGCACCAGCACCGCGUCGUCGCCGGCAGGGGGAGAUGGGUCGCCGGCGGCGGCGGCGGCGGGGGAGAGGUUGGUGCGGCAGACGGGGCAGGUAGUGUGGGAGGCGAGCCACAAGUCAAUGCAAUCAGGGUGGAAGACGUGGUCGCACUUGGGGAGGAGACGGAGGGUAUCGUCGUCUUCGAACUCGGAGAGGCAGACGGCGCAUUCGAGGGCGCCCUUGCCGAUCUUGUGCUCCUUCACCUCGGAGUAGACCAGCGUCGGGAAGGUCUGGAUCACCGCCGCCUCCAGCCCCCGCGGGGCGCCGCCAACGCGGCGGGACCUGGCGCCGCCGUUCCCACCGGCGGUGAGCGCCCGGCUGUCGCGUUCUCUGCGGUUGCGGAGGUAGAUGGAGAAGAAGGCCAUGAAGAAGAAGGCGCUGAUCAGGCCGAUGACAAUGACGGCCAUGGCCGGGUUGAAGUUGCCCCUCCAGGCGUUGGGGAAUGGCUCCGGCGGCGAGCCGGGGUUGGACGUUGUCUGCGCCGCCGCGGAGCAGAGGAGGGAGAGGAAGAGGAAGAAGACGAUGAGAGGGGAGGCGGAGUAGCCAUGGCGGUGCCGGCAGGUGGCGGUGGUCGUCUUCAUUGGGGGUGUGGGGUGGCUGAGGGGGGGGAGCACCGGUGGUCGCCGACUAGAGAGCUUUUAUGCUCGAUGGGAGGAGGGGGGGGGGGGGGAUCCCUUUUCUUGUCAGAAGAACUACGGCAUGGGGAUAUGCCACUCUCAGCAAGGGCAUUUCUGUAAGGGAUAUAUACAAUAAAACAUCAUAAAACAUUAAAUGGUUUAUAUACCCAGAGUGGGCGGCGAGUGUCGGUUCAUCACUUCUUCGAAGCGGGUCCGCUUUAUAAAAUUGUACUCGGCCUCCACAAACAGAGAAAAUUCAGACAUGAACUGACAAGUUAGCAUUAUAAAUAACCUAAAGUAAACUUUUUAUUGCAUAAACGUCCCUAUUGAUUACAGUUCCCUCAUAAACUUAUUCCGCGGCCUAACAUUAAACGCGGUUCACUAUCCGAGUAGUGGGCAAUCUGACGUCCACGUGGAAGGAUUCCCAAAUAUGUACGUUUGACUUUUUAUUCAAAGAUUGCGGGUUCUGACUGGGAAUGUGGAUUGUGGGUCACGGCGGUGGCGGCGGCGGCACAAAGUCUAGGAAGCUGAAGUGGACCAUUCGGUCGGGAACCUUCCAAAUUGGUUGAAAAGUCAAAUUAACAGUGGAAGACGCACGAUAGCUGACCGAGCUGAAGCUUCUUUCCAUCUUCCCGGUGACGUGUUGACCCGACCAACCUGUGCGGGCGGUUUUGGUCUGAACCGUUCGUCGACGAUUCUCUCAUCCGACGCCAUGAUCGUACACGUGUACGAGGGGGAUCGAAUAAUCUCUUUCCUCUGGUAAGUUCUAGGAGUCCAACAUAUUAUUAUUAUUAUUAUUAUUAUUAAACGAAAAAUAAUGAACGCGCGUAGCCCGUUAUGAGAAGCGUCAAGAAUGUUAAUAAAAUGACAGAUUGUGUCCAUAAGCUUGGAAUUAUCAUUAUAUAGUUAAAUAUAGGCCAAUUAUAGUUAAAAUGACAGGUAGGGAAUAUGUCGAUAUGGCCCUCGCAUGGGCCCACUUGCAUAUCUGGAAUAUUUUACGAGGUCUACGCACUCUGGCGACCACUCAAAUGCGGUGGCCUGAACUACGUAGCCCUCCGAACCACACCUAAUUCUCAGUCAGAGAGAGAGAGAGAGAGGAUGAUGUCAGGAUAGACGAGAGAAAGUAGCAGGAAGGUAGGACGAGGCUUCGGGGUCAGAGAUAUCGAAGCCCCCAACCGAGACAGGUGAUGCAGGAAUGUGGACGGUAUCAGGACCUUUUCUAGUUUACACAUUGCAGUCUAGAGAGAGAGAGACAGAGAGGGGAUUGAAUGGAGACCCAGGGUGCGGCAGGUUUUAGAGAUAGAUAGAGAGUGAACGAUAGGCAGAGAGAGAGAGAGAACUGAAUGGAAACUCAGGGUGACGGCAGGUUUUAGAGAGACAAAGAGAGAAAGAAAGAUAGAUAGAUAUAUAUAUAUAUAUAUAUAUAGAGAGAGAGAGAGAGAGAGAGAGAGAGAGAGAGAGAGAGAGAGAGAGAGAGAGAGAGAGAGAGCGGCAGGUUUUAGGGAGCAGGCAGCUCCAGCUCUAACAGGGAGGAGGUUCGAGGGAGGAGGUGGUGGCUGAGGGUGAGCUCGCCGUAGCAGAAGGAGGCGAAGCCCCAGAGAGAGAGGGCGAGGGCGACGCCCUUCCGGCCGUCGAAGCGCUCGUGGAAGAGGAGGACGGCUGCGAUCUCCGAGACGGGGAGGAGCAGUGCCAGCACCACGCUGGCGAAGAGCGAGGAGGAGCAGGCGACAGUGCCCAUCAGGCCCAAGCUGAACGCCUGCCACGCCGCCGCCCCCCCCACCAGCACCACGUAGAACUUCGCCUCCCCCAUCUCCGACUCCCUCGCUUCCCUCCCCACCGCCUGCGACCAAUUCAAACCACCCCCUUUAGUCCUCUCCUUUCUUAGAGCAAGAGCGAGAGAGAGGGAGGGGGGAAGAUAGACAGAUAGAGAGAGAUUGAGAGGGAGAAAGAGAGAGAGAGAGAGAGAGAGAGAGAGGGAGAAAGAGAGAGAGAGAGAGAGAGAGAGAGAGAGAGAGGGGAGGAGGAAGAACCUGGAAAUCCCCGUUGACUAACAUGCCAACAAUGCAGACAGCAGAGGCGAGGGCGGAGACUAGUAGCUGCACCUCCACGACCAUCCGAUACGUCACCUCCUCUCUGAACUUCCUGUACAUCAGCUCGGUCAACGGCAGGGUCAGCGCGUAGAGAGCGGCGGCGCCGAGCGACGUGGCGAAACCCACGGCGUACUUGGACGUGGAUUCUCCCGCCGGGCGGUCGCCGGCAGGGGCCUGCACGGCUAGCACGGCGGCGCCGAGCGUCAGUACCACCACGGCGUUGGUGGAGCAUGCCGUGAAACGCUGCCGGACGAUGAGGAAGGAGAAGACCGCCACAAAGGCCAGCUGAGUGGAGGAGAGGAUCGAAUUGGUCGACGCAGGGAGGAGGGAGGAGCUCACGGCGUACAUGUAGCUGUCCACGCCGAUGAGCACGCCGAUGCCGGCGAAGGUGGCCGCAAAAGAGAAGCUCAUCAGGGUGGCGCCGCCGCCGCCAGGGCCGCGGCGGAGGAAAGAGACGGCGAGAGGGAUCAGGAGUAGCGGCCAGCCCCCGACCUGCACCAAGCUCGACAGCCACAAGCUCCGGCCGCCGCGGAGGAAGUAGAGGCGGAGGAGGAAAGGGGCAGCGGCUCCGAGGAUGGUGA